UUGAACUCAUUGCUUGUAAAACAUUAAUGUGAUAUUCCACCAUGGGAGGAAUUUUCCAUCAACCCAGUGAAACAGUUGAGUGCUGUUCCAUUCUACAUUGAUUCAUAUUACCUCAAUUUGUGUCCAGCGUUUCCUGGAAUUAGUCAGUUAUUAACCUCAGUGAAGCAACAUGAUGUCAAUUAAAAUCUUGCUAGAAAGUGGAAGCACUUAACUGUAGAAAAACACAGAGAGGCCAUGCAGCACAUCCUGGGUGAACCACUUCACUGUCCAGCAUGCAAUGCUGAAAAUUCUUUGUUUCCUGAGAAUUUGGUGACAUAAAUCUUUAUUUUGCUUAAAGAUCUCAUGUUAGACUUUAAGCCUUGAUUUUCCAUGCACUGAAGCAUCUCUCAUCUUCCUCAUCCAGGGCUGUGUUUCCCAAAAGCAUCAUAAGCUUAAUUUGAUCGUAGCUCCAUUGGUUUCUACGACGAUGCUUUUGGGAAACGCAGCACUGUACAUUCAGAAGUGCCAUGAACAGGAUAUAAAAACAUCCAUCACCUUGCAUUAAUCAAAUCCGGAGUUUUGCCUUUUCCUUCUCUGAUACUGUUUUAGGGGAAGAUGGCCUUUACAAAAAUUAACCAUGGAUUUAAUUGUAGUAAACGUGUAGUAACCAUGUUAUUUAUUUAUUUAUUGGCGUAUUGAUUACAAUUUGUAUAACCACAGUUUUACCACAAAUACAAUGGUUAAACUAUGAUUAGUAAACCAUGGUUAAUUUGUGGUUACCAUGGUUUAACUAGUAACUGUGUUUUUUUAUUGAUGUUUGUUUUUUUAUUUGUAGUAAAACCAUAGUUAUUUUUCGUAAGGGAGGGGAAUUACAGCAUUUAUUCAUUUUUGUUUAGCCUAUUUUUUAUUUUCGUGUUCUAAUAGCCUAGUUAUAACUUUGGUUAAAUCCCAAAUCCAAGGUCUGAAUCUGAAUAACUAGUUUCGAGGUUUCGAGUCAAAAUAACAAAUAAAGAAUGUUGGAACGUGAAACGUUGGAACUCUCUAGUGCGUAACGCGUCCUUAGCAACCGUCGGUAUCCAAGCAACGGAAUACAAACAUUCGGUGACUUCAACCACUAAAGGAACUGCAGGUUGUUAAAUACUUUAAUUUACACCAAAAGAUGAUGUCAUCCCAAAUUUUAGUGUCUCGCCCCUAUUUUGACACGCGGGUAGCGGCACAGAAUGGCUCACAGCCGCUGGUCACAAACCCGGAGACCGCCGUUAAAGAAAACGUGUACGCGGGUACAUCCGCCGGUCUGGCCACGGCGGGCUACCGGAGCGCCAAAUACACCCCCGAGGAGUGGCUCGCCAAUAACUCUGCUCUGUUAAACCGGUCCGUCGCGGACCGGGAUCACGCGGAGAGGAUUUGCACCGAGUCCAAAGCGCUGAAAGCGGAGACCGACGCCGGGACUUUACGCACGCAGACCGCGGGCACCAAACACCUGGGCAGCCGCCUGCAGGACAUCCACAGCUGGAGGUCCGAGCUGGAGCAGCUCAUCGAGCGGCUGAUCGCGGAAACAGACCUGCUGACGGCCUCCAGGCGGCGGCUGGAGAAAGCGCUGGACGCCACGGAGAUUCCCUUCGCCAUCGCCACUGAUAACCUCACCUGCAGAGAGAGACGCUUCGGACCGGAUCUGGUGUAAGAUCCUGAAACAUUUUUUUUAAAUGAUUUCCAACAGGAAGUGGAGCUGAUCAGAAGCAUUCAGGCCUUGCUGAAAAAAACUCUGGAUCAAACUGUCAACCAGAUAAGGCUGAACCGGGAGGUGAAGCAGACUCUUCAGUCAGACUGGUCUGAUAAACAGCAGGCCUACAGUCUGGAUGACCAGUGUGGACGCUUUAACAACAGGAGCACCGACACACAACGGCAUCCCAGCUCAGCCGUGCUGCAGGAACAGGUGUGCGAUGAGGAGGUUUGGCGUAAGUUUACUCGGGAUAACCUGCGGCUGGCAGAGAGAGAGGAGGUGGCGAGCCAGGCCUUGAGGCGGCUGAUUGAGCGGGUCCUCCAGGAGACUUCUGAGGACCUACGGGCGCAGUGUGCCGCUGUAGAUCAGGCCUUCAACCAGCGCUGCAUGGAACUGAGCCAAGCCAAAACACAGCUGGAACUGCACCUGGCACAGAUUCUAGAGCAGAUUGGGGCUCAGGAGAGGAAUAUCUCAUACCUACAGCAAGCUGUGUAUGAUAAAGAAGCUCCUCUCAGAGUGGCUCAAUCUAGACUGCAUUACCGAACCUUCAGACCCAACAUGGAGCAGUGCAGAGACCAGCCCCAGCUCAGUUUGUUAGGUGAGGUGUCAGAGUUCAACAGUACAGUAUCAGCUCUACAGCAGCAGCUGUAUGAAGCACGCAAAUCUUUGUCGGACUUAGAAGAAAGCAGACUGUCCCUGGAGAAAGACAUCUCUUGCAAAACAAACUCCCUCCUCAUCGACCGAGAGAAGUGUAUGAGGCACCGACGCUACCCUUCUGUCACAGUGCUGUCUGGAUACUGACACGGUGUCAUAAUAUGCACUUCUUAACAGGAGGUCUGGAUUCAUUAGACAGUCACUUCCAGUGGCAUGUAAUGUGUGCAUCUGCUCAGUGUUUUGCAGUGCAGUGGUUAUGUCUAUCCUCUGGUUUUUAAAGAAAAUAUUUU